AUGUCUCUUCCAUUAAGGCCGCGAAAGGUAUCGCAAUGUCCCGGAUGUCUACGCAGCUAUGCCUUUGCCCUCUUCUCCGAUGGCAAAACGUCUGCAUUGCCCUCCUCAUUGCGCCAGCAGAUUAGGGGAAAGAAGAGAAUGGCCAACAACUCGGCGACGGUGACCGUCAAAUUACUCAAAGAUGUCGAAGCAUACGGCAAGUCCGGCUCCUUCGUCCCCAUAACCCGCGGCGCAAUGCGCAAUUCCUGGUACCCCUCCCGCAUCGCCGAGUACGUAACGAUGCCGGAACUACAAAAGCUACGCCUCAGCAACGUGCCCAUGGAGCGCAACUUUGAAUUCAUCACCCCGGAAGCACUGCAGCAAAGGAACAGGAGGAAGCGAAGAAUCAUGAGCGAAGAAGACAUCGAGCAUGACCUCGCACAAGCCCCCGAACAAUCGGCCGACGCAUCCUCCACGCCUCGACGAUUCGCCGCAGCAAGAGCUCCCGAGAUAGAGAAAAUCACUCCCCAACGCAGUCUAGAGCUCGUCGAGAACUUCGUCCCGCACCGCCUUGAAUUCCUUCGCCAGCCUGCACCCGAGAAACCCAAACCCAAGAAUCCCAUGCCACAAUUCCGCGGCGCUGCAGGCGACUUGAUGGCUUCACGGUUACACUCGGAAGACGGCAGGCUGCGCGCUAUCUUCGGCUCGGUGACGCCGCAGGAUGUGCUCGCGGCGGUGCGGGAGGGGAUGGCGCGAAACGAUGAGGCGGCGAGGGUGGUGUUGCUCGAAAGCGAGAUUGCGUUUGUGGAUUUGCCGGAUGUGCUGGGAGCGGAGGCGGGGAGGGUGAAGCAUUUGGGGGAUUUUACGGUGGAGAUUAGGGCGAGGGGGGCGGAGGGGGCGGUGAGGAGGGUUGUGAGAGUCUUGCCGCAGGAGGAGAGGAAGGAGGAGAUGGUUGUUGAGGAGGUUGAGUAG